ACGCCUCUUUCUGUUGUGUCUCACAAAACCCUAAAACCCCAACUUCUUUGUGUAGCUCGCGUCGCGAGUCAAUCGACCAUGGCGUGCACGCUCGAUUUCCGUGGCCUCGACGAAGGUUUCGGCGGCAAGACCUACAAGCGAAAGCGAGAGGAAGCGGAAGCUCACUACACCUCCGCCUCCGCCUCGAUGGAGAUCGACGAGGCAUCUCAGCCAGUGGCGAAGCGAUCGGCGGUGGCGUCGGAGGAGAAUCCUGACAAGCCAAUCAUCGGGAAGCCGAGCUACGACGGCGUGAUCUCCGGGAGAGUCUCCGGCCGGAAAUGGAAGCAGACGAGGAAGCACAGGGCGUCGGCGACUCAGGUGAGGAAGGGGUCGAACUUCGAGGAGAGGCGGAAGGAGAAGGAGAUAAAGAAGGCGUACAAGGAGAGAGUGACGGAGCUGAAGGAGACGAUAAGGCAGAACAAGGUGGAGAAGAGGAAGAAGAGAGAGGAGCGCGAGAAGAAGAAGAAGGAGAACAUUCUUAGGUCUGGUACCAAGCUUCAGAAGAUUACCAAUCCCAAGACCUUGAAGAAGAUCGCUAAGUCUAAGCAUAAGAACCUCCUCAAGGUUGUUCCUGAUGAUUUGCUUGGCAACAAGAAGAAAAACUAGUCGCUUUUGUUAUCUUAAAUUCUCAAUUAUGUGUUUUUAUUUCAAUUUUGAGUUCAUUUUGUUGGUUCUUCUUGUAAUCUCAAAUUUUGGAUGGGAUUUUCCCAGAUUUUAAUAGUGAUUGGAUUAGAUAAAAAAAUAA